AUGACCGGCGGCUGGAACCCGCUCACGGGCCGCGACGCCGCCCCCGCCGGCAGCGGCACCGGCGCCGCCCGGCCCCCCCUCGCCCCGUACGGCGCCCCGAUGCCCGCCCAGGGCGAGCCCUACAUCUUCCACUCGGGCGGCCCCGGCUUCCCCGGUAUGAUGCCUUUGUACAACCAGUGGGCGAACAUGGCUUACGGCUUUUGCCACCUAGGCGGCGGCGGUGCCGCUGUGGCGCCUCCGGGCGUAUAUCCGGCGCCGGGCAUGUACGGCGCGCAGCCGGCGCCGGCCCCCCCAUUCCCGCUGCCCUGGGCGCAGCAGCCCAACGGCGCCGGCAGCCUGCACCCGCGACAGGCGCAGCCGUGGCCGCGCGUCGACCCGGCCAUGCCGGCGUCCCAGAUGACCAACUCGACGGGCGGCGUGGGCUGCGAGCCCGGCUACAACUACUUCUUCCCCGCCGAGCACACAAAGGCCCACGUCUUCAAGUCGGCGACGCCCCCGUGGCAGCUGCCGGCCAACACGCAGAUCCCCUUCAUGGCGACGCACAUCCCGUGCAACACCACCUUUACCGACCUGAUGCAGGGCUUUGGCUGCACGAACCCAUCGGCCAAGAAGAACCGCGUCUUCGAGAUUGUCGGCGGCGGCGGCGGCAAGUGGUACAAGGGCAUGGAGAUCAACGGCGGCGACAAGGGCGCCAUGAAGAAGACGAUUGGCGAGGUGGGCUGGGACUCGACGCGGAGCGGCCGCGCGGGCGAGAAGCCGGUGGUGUGCCUGUGGUUUUGCAAGGACUAG